GCGACGUUCAGCUCCAUGAUUGGAUCCGCAAGUCUCGAAUCUGAGAAGGCCGCCGGCGUUGCGACCGCGGCUGUUCACAUGUGCUAUGCCUUUUUCAUCUUUUUGUCCCUUUCUGACGUAUAUCAACGACUCCUCCCCUCCAUACUGCUCUCCUUCGAUCCUCGUUAAUCGCUGAACCAUUUCCUGCUCACGUUCCUGACCCGAUAACAUCGAAAUUCAUCAUGGCCACCAUUGAACAGAUCAACGAGGGCGUUGAGAUCAACGGCCCAAUCAAGGAGGAAUACCGCAAGGUCCUCACCCCUGAAGCCACUGCAUUCCUUGCUCUCCUCCACAGAACCUUCAACAACACUCGCAAAGAGCUCUUGCAGAAACGAGUGGUCCGACAACAAGAACUCGACCGAGGUGUCUUGCCAGACUUUCUCCCAGAAACAAAGCACAUCCGUGAAAACGAUGCCUGGACUGGAGCGCCGCCUGCGCCAGGCCUUAUCGACCGCAGACUCGAAAUUACCGGCCCUACAGACAGGAAGAUGGUUGUGAAUGCACUAAACAGCAAUGUGUGGACAUACAUGGCCGACUUUGAAGACGCCCAGGCCCCUACCUGGGACAACCAGGUCUCCGGACAGGUGAACCUUUACGAUGCCAUCCGCAAGCAAAUCGACUUCAAGCAAGGAGAGAAGGACUACAAACUCCGCACAGACCGUGUGCUGCCAACACUCAUCGCCCGGUCCCGAGGCUGGCAUUUGGAAGAGAAGCAUUUUACUGUCGACGGCGAGCCGAUCUCUGGGUCGUUGUUCGACUUUGGUCUCUACUUCUUCCACAACGCCUUCGAGCUGGUCAAGCGGGGUACUGGUCCCUACUUUUACCUGCCCAAGAUGGAAUCUCACCUCGAGGCGAGACUGUGGAACGACGUCUUCAACCUCUCGCAAGACUACAUCGGCAUGCGCCGGGGUACCAUCCGGGGCACUGUCCUGAUUGAAACCAUUCUGGCAGCUUUUGAAAUGGACGAGAUCAUCUACGAGUUGCGCGAUCAUUCCGCCGGGCUCAACUGCGGUCGCUGGGACUACAUCUUCUCCGUGAUCAAGAAGUUCCGACAAAACCCAGACUUUGUCCUUCCCGACCGCUCCGCCGUCACCAUGACAUCGCCGUUCAUGUCGGCGUACGUUCAGCUAUUGAUACACACGUGCCAUCGUCGUAGGGUUCAUGCCAUGGGUGGUAUGGCCGCUCAGAUCCCCAUCAAGAAUGACCCAGAGGCCAACGAGAAGGCUAUGGACGGCGUACGAAAGGACAAGCUCCGUGAAGUGUUAGCAGGUCAUGAUGGAACUUGGGUAGCCCAUCCCGCUUUGGCCCCAAUAGCCGCGGAAGUCUUCAACAAGCACAUGCCAACGCCAAAUCAACUGUUCAAGCGCCGUGACGACGUCUCUGUGGCCCAAAAGGAUCUCCUGAACAUGAAUGUGCCGGGAGGUGUGACCGAAGACGGCAUUCGCAAGAAUCUGAACAUUGGUCUAGGUUAUAUGGAAGGCUGGCUCCGAGGUGUCGGAUGUGUGCCCAUUAACUUCCUCAUGGAGGAUGCUGCGACGGCCGAGGUCUCGCGGUCCCAGCUGUGGCAGUGGUGCAAACACCAGACUAAGCUUGAAGGCGGCCAGACGUUUGACAAGCAGUACGCUCUUAAACUUCUGCAUGAGCAGGCCGACGAGUUGGCCAGUAAGGCUCCCAAAGGCAACAAGUACCAGCUCGCUGCGAAGUAUUUCGAAGGACAAGUCACUGGUGAGGACUAUGCGGAUUUCUUGACGAGUCUGCUAUAUGAUGAAAUCACCACUGUGGGAUCAUCGCGGCCCGUGGCUAAGUUGUGAAUCAAAAAGUGUCUGAAAUGAAAAGGAGUCGCCAUGAUAUGAUGAGCUCGCAGUGUAUACAAGUACAAAUCUGAUACAGAAUAUGCCUGAAUUUCUUUUGAGGCAUGUGUAUGCUGUUUGGUAUGAUGCACUUGUUCAGCUUCUACACACGGCUCAGACCUAUAAGAUGGCCUGAUCCAGACAUCUUUGAGAGUCCCCGUGGUUACGUAUUCAACGAGUAUACUAGUACUCUUGGUCCUGAUGGUAUCCUCAGUCGGUUUGAAUUCUAGACUCUUCCUGGACCUCCACUGAACGCCAAUGCU